AUGUCCUCCUCUACCAAAGGAUCAACCUCCAGUGAUAUGGAAACACUUCGAAAAGCAUCGGCACAAGUGUCAAAUCUCGAUUCAUUUGAAUUUGGAGUCCCCAGUGUCAAAGCCGCAACUUCUGUGCUCACGCCUGAAGAACAAGAGCUUGUGGAGCUCCAAGACAAAAUAGAAAACUUGAGUUUACCAAUCUUAGCUCUUGAUGAAAUACGCAAGCUGAAACAGGGUGUUAAUGUUUUGAACCGUGACGUUCAGUUCUCGACAGAUGAUUCUCUCGUUAAUGCAGAAGAAGAAGAGAAGUUUCUUCUAGAGCUUGACCAGGAAAUUGAAGCUCUGAUCCAUAAAAACAAACUACGGUAUUUGACUUUGGAAAACCUCCUUGCUACAAUCCCAGUAAAGGAUGCAAUUUAUUCAACAUCAACUGUUCGCCAAAGCUCCUUACUUCCACUUCUUGAAAAACGUGAUGAGCUGGAACAAGAGACGUUAAAACUUUCAGACGAAAUCGCAUCAUUAGAUGAAAAAUACGAACAUUUGUUGACAAAGGUCCAUGCAAAACAUGACGCGACAAAAGAGUUUCUGUCAAAACUUUGCAAAGCAAAAGAGGCUCAAAAACGAUCUUUUAGAAAAAUCCCCCAACGCGACCGUGAAAAGUACAAUUUAAUCUUACAAGAAAUAACCCUUCAUCGGAAAAAAGUGGCAAUUCUUUCAGAAGUUAUAUCCCUGUUGAUUUCGGAAAGUGGAAUCGACUGGGCCUCCAGCGAAGAGCUUACGGAAAUCUUACUUUCUUGUGGAACCAACAAUCUCGACACUCUGGAACAAGAGGACAUGGAAACUCUACUAACAACAAAUUAA